UCAAUCCAGCAAUUAUUGUUUGUGCUACAGUUUGUGGUUUAAUUAUUGUGGUUUAUUAUUUAAAAAAAUUAUCAGAAAAAUACAAUGGAAGAAUCUCCAAGAGGGACCAGAACUCAGGAUUCAUCUAAAUGUAAGUCAGUAACCCUCCCCAAAAAAUAAUGUAUAAGUUCUUGUGUAAGUAAUCCUUUCUUUUUUCAGCUCUGAUAUCCUCCACUGGUCCUCUGUCUGAAGAGCUCCAGUGUUCAGUGUGUCUGGAUGUGUUCAUUGAUCCAGUCACCACUCCAUGCGGACACAACUUCUGCAAGACCUGCCUGGAAAAGUACUGGCACAACAGUCGAGACUACAGCUGCCCAAUCUGUAAAGAAACAUUGCACCAAAAGCCUGAGCUCAAAGUCAAUACAACGCUCCGAGAGAUUGCAGAUCACUACAAAAAGAAAAGCAAUCUGGAAAUGGCUGAGGUCUUCUGUGACUUCUGCACGGACACUAAGAAGAAAGCAUUGAAGUCAUGUCCGCUGUGUCAGAGCUCUUACUGUGAGGCUCAUCUGGAGCGUCAUUUGACAGUUCCGGGUUUAAAGCAACACAAGCUGAUCAACCCUGUCAAAAAUCUCCAGGGUUAUUUGUGUCAGGAGCAUGACCGGCCUCUUGAGCUGUUCUGCAGAGAUGAUCAGACGUGUGUUUGUGUGACCUGCACUGUGACUGAACAUAAGAUGCACAACACUGUUCCUGUAGAGGAGGAGAGUGAAGAGAAGAAGAACCAGCUGAUGAAGACACAGACAGACAUGCAGCAGUUAAUCCAGGACAGAAUGAAGAUGAUUAAAGAAAUCCAGCAUUCAGUAGAGCUAAGAAAAAAAAACAAUGAAAAAGAGAAAGCCGACUGUGUCGAGGUGUUUGCUGAUCUGAUGCGCUCCAUUGAGAGAUGUCAGCGUGAGCUGCUGGAGGUGACGGAGCAGAAGCAGAAAGCAGCAGAGAAACAGGCUGAAGAACUGAUUAAAGAGCUGGAGCAGGAGAUCAGUGAACUGAGGAGGAGAAACACUGAGCUGGAGGAGCUCUCACACACUGAAGAUCACCUGCACCUCCUACAGAUGUUUCCAUCUUUGUGCAGGCCUUUAGACAUCAAGAUCUGGACUGGAAUCAAUAUUAACACCGGUGUGAGUGUGGAGACUUUGAGAAGCGCUCUGUCUCAGCUGCAGGAGACUAUAGAUGAGGGAUUUAAUAAUAAUGUGUUGAAGAGGAUCCAGAAGUAUUCAGUGGAUGUGAUUCUGGAUCCUGAUACAGCUCAUCCGAAGCUUAUCCUGUCUGAAGAUGGAAAGCAAGUGCGGUAUGGAAACAUAAAGCAUGACCGCCCAGGCAGUGACAAGAGGUUUGAAAACUAUAUUGUUGUGUUGGGAAAAGAGGGCUUUUCCUCAGGGAGAUUUUAUUUUGAAGUAAAUGUAAGUGGAAAGACUGAAUGGCUUUUGGGUGUGGCUAGAGAAUCCCUCAACAGAAAGGGGGAGUUCUUCCUCAGUCCUAACGAUGGGAAUUGGUCUCUGUGGCUGAAAGAUGAAAAUAAGUGUGAGGCUUGCGAGUCUCUAACUCUCUCCCUCUCCUUGAAAGUGAAGCCCCAGACAGUGGGUGUGUUUGUGGAUUAUGAGGAAGGUCUGGUCUCCUUUUAUGACGUAAAGUCUAGGUCUCAUAUCUACUCUUUCACUGGUCAGUCUUUCACUGAGAAACUCUAUCCAUUUUUAAGUCCGUUGAGUAAUAAUAAAGGUCAAAAUUCAGCACCACUCAUCAUCUCACCUGUGACUGGUAAUGAUUGAAUCAAACUCAAAGUUGAAAUGCUAGAUGCAAAUGAUUCCUUCAUAGCCA